AUCGCUAACAGUUUUGAACAAGUCGUUCUUCCAGAAGCCAGUAGCUUGUUUAGUUUAUAUAUCAGUUUAACUGUUAUAUAUCUGAAUAUCUGCUGAACCUCAGUUCUAUUAAAAUGGCAGGUGUUUCUCAUCACGUCACAGACGAUUUGUUUGACUCAAUUCUAAUGGCAGACGACAGGUUCCACAUAGAUGGGUACCGUGAAGGAUUUGAGGAAGGAUCACAGCAGGGAAUGAUCGAGGGCCGAAACCAUGGUAUGCUUCAUGGUGCUAAGCUCUCAGCUGAGGUUUCCUUUUAUCACGGCUUUGCACUCACUUGGCAAUGUCUCCUACGAAACACUGAAGAUGUUAAAACAAGAAAACGACUGAAAGCUGUCGAGUCUUUGGGUGCGAUGAUCCAGAAGUUUCCAUAUGAUGACCCACAGAAUGAGAGCCUCCAGGAACACAUGGAAAGAGUGAGGUCCAAGUUUAGACAGGUGUGUUCUUUACUCAGCGUGGCUGCAGACUUCCAAGAGUAUAUGUCCAGAUCAGAAGGAAUGUCAUUCUGAAAGACUGCAGAGCCAAAUCCUGCUCCUCGUACGGUGUGGUUCGAGAGACAGCUCCGACUCCCAGCAAGCCACGAGCACAAGCGAGACACGGUGCAGUUGUGUAUUAUACACAGAGACGAGGCUUGGGAACGUUUUUGGUAAAUUAAUGGUGGUCAAUGCUUUCUUGUGACACGCAGUAAAAUACCAAGAAAUAAUUCAGGUGAUUCGGAUUUUGGGAAGGUAAAUUUGUGCUGAUCUGGGAUCAGUUGCUGGUUGACUUUGGCUUCCUGCUUGCAUUUUCCUGCGUGUGACCGCCAUCUGGUGGUGAGGUUGAAGAAAACGGAUGUUAACAGAUGCAUGUCUCCAUCUGCUGGAACAAAUCAGAACUAGAAUAUUACCCAUUUAUUCUUGAUUACUGAAAUUAACAUCUAUUAUACAAUAUUUCAACAAUAUUUCCUUCAGAAUUUGAGAAAUUAAAAAUUUAGUAAACAGAAA